UUUUGUUAUCCGAAUACAAAUAUAAAUUGGAUAUUUUUCAGAUAUUAAUCAAAUUUGAGCAAAAUUUCAUGAUAAAACUUGCAAUAAAGACAUCAUCAUAAGAGAAAGAUUUAUUAAAAAAAUAUAAUUUUAACAAGUAUUUAUCAAUAAUAAAAUCUAAUAAUGCUAUAAAGAUUAAGGUUGCUCGUCACCGAAGUAGAUAGAAUUUAUGGUGCCUCCAAGACAUCUCACGACUGUUGUUGGUUGCAAUCGUCGAAUAAAAAUUAGAAACUGGACGAAAUGAGUGGCAGAGUCAUGAAUGCAAAGAAUGUUUCAAGUGAUGACAGAGUGAAAGGGGGGAAUUCGGGACUGGAUCAGAGUGGGUUUGAUCUAAUAGAGCCGGGCAUGCUUGGGGACAAUAAGGUGGCUAGGUGGUUGCAGUAAGGAUUGUUGUAGUGCAUGAACAUGGUAGGGAUGAUUCAUUGAGGUCGAUGUCAAUGCUAAGGUUGGUGGUGCUGCACCUUUCUCUUUUCUGAAAAAAUAAAAGGAGAAGUGCAUGGGAUGUGGGGUUUAGCCGCCCGGGACAUCUUAUCAAAACGAAAUGCAAUAUGGCCUUAGAAAACCAUGCACUUGAUUGACACAUCUUUGAUGAAACCUUAUCCAGUCCUAAACUUAUAAUUAGCAAAAAAGUGUAAUAUAUCUUCUUGGCCCACAAUGGAUUCAAUAUUUCACUUAUUUAUGGUGAAAAAAUAUGUCACUUAUAGUAUGCCAAUGUUCUCGGAUGGUUUACAUUAAAGAAAUAUUUUUUGUGGAUCAAAGGAGGUUCGAGGAGUGCCGGCGGCAACCAUCCUCUUCUUCGAGACAUCUGGAUAAUGACGAGGAAUGGAAGGACCUUUCAGACUAAGCAUGUAUUCCGUGAAGCCAAUGAGGCUGUAGAUUGGAUAGUUGCCUAUAUGGCCAGUUAUGCGGAUAGUACCUUAUGGGCUGGGAAUGGAGAGCUGCUCCAAGCACUUCGAGAUAUUUUGUUUUCUAAUUUUGUUGGGCACAUUCGUAAUCAUCAGAUAUGAGUCCACUGUUCUAGAAAAAAAAAAAUUAUGAGAUUUAAAAAACACAGGUUUAAAAGAAUGUAGACUUAUUUCGCCGGCUCACAUUACAAUAAAAUAAAUCAUACUUCCUCCAAAAUUACAUUACAUUUCAAGGAUUUGCAAUUAUGAUAUCUUGCCGUCGGUAGUCAUAUGAUGCAGUGCACACUUUAUGACAUAAUGCAUGCAAGCUUUGAUGAAAAGAUGCAAAUUUGGAUGGGGCUAUCUAACGGAACAGGGACGCAUCAUACCACCGCUUCUCCGAGAAGUAAGUAACACCCCAUCUCUCCCUUUCGUUCUCUCUUCUUCCCUUCGCCGCACGCUUCCCAGGCUCCAUAUCCGGAGGCUCUCAUCGAAGGGUUUUCAGCACCACCGCCUUCGAAGCUUCCUCUGAAUCGCCGUCUCUCCAAGCCACUUCCUCUCCCCAUCCUCUCUCUCCCCCUCCCCUCUUCUCUCCUCCCAGCCAGCGACGGCUUCUUCCCACGGACGAACGGGGUCUCUCCCAGGGACGACCCGCGACGGCGAGGGCGUCCUCCCUAGGAUUUCAAGAUCCACCUCACAGUGAAAGGAGGAGAGGAUCUUGAUGCGCUGGUCUCAGCCACGGUACCUUGAACCAUGGGAGGGAGCUCCUUGAUACCGAUUGACCCGAGUCCGACCCGUUACCAACCGUAGGCGCACGCUAGAAUCUGUCAAGAAGCGCGGGAAAAGAUGUUUCUCCGCUAGGGCUACGAAGAGGCCUCCUUUCCCAGAGAAAGGUGGAACGACGGACAGAUCAUGGAUCCCAACGACGGCGAUGAUGAUGAGGAGGAGUUCGGGCUCUCUCGAAACUAUUUCCUCGCCAAAGAGACCGGCUCCGGCUCCGGGAGGAAGUCCGCCCGCAAGCUCUCCGACAUUGCUCUUGUCGACGAACAGGUUUUGAGAGCAGCAGUGCCUGAAAUUGUACCGAAACAUGAGAAAGAGAUAGCAUCUUUGGUAAAAAGUUACAAAGACUUGUAUUCUAAGUGGCUAUUUGAGCUGAGGUGCGGCUUUGGCCUCUUAAUGUAUGGUUUUGGUUCUAAGAAGAUUUUGCUUGAAGAUUUUGCUUCAUCAGCAUUAACAGAUUUUGGAGUAGUUGUAAUCAAUGGCUAUCUUCCAUCGGUCAACAUAAAACAAGUUGUGAUUACUGUAGCUGAAGUUCUAUGGGACCAAUUAAAAGCCAAAUGUAAAGGUUUUACAGGGAGCAAGCCCAAAAUUCAACAUCCUUCUAUUUCCCAGUCCACAGAAGAUCUUCUGUCAUUUCUUGGUGGGCAACUUCCAAAUGAGAAUGACUGCUUUGUUUGCGUUGUCAUUCACAAUAUCGAUGGACCUGCUUUGCGAGACUCUGAAUCACAACAAUAUCUUGCUCGAAUUGCAUGCUGUUCCCAUGUCCGUAUGAUUGCAUCUAUUGACCAUGUCAAUGCGGCUUUAUUGUGGGACAAGAAGAUGGUCCACACACAGUUCAACUGGUGCUGGUAUCAUGUCCCAACCUUUGCACCUUACAAGGCAGAAGGUGUCUUUCUUCCUUUGAUUCUUGCUAGUGGAGGCAAUGCCCAGACAACAAAAACGGCAUUAGUCAUCCUGCAGAGUUUGACACCAAAUGCCCAAAGUGUGUUCAAAAUUCUUGCAGAGUAUCAGUUGGCCAAUGAAAAAGAGGAAGGUAUGCCUGUUAACACUCUAUAUACCAAGUGUCGCGAGCGUUUUCUUGUCAGCAGCCAAGUUACAUUGAAUUCCCAUCUCACUGAGUUCAAAGAUCAUGAACUAGUGAAAACAAGAAGGCAUUCUGAUGGCCAAGAUUGUCUCUAUAUUCCUCUUGCCUCUGAAGCACUCGAGAAGCUGUUGCAGGAAUUGGUUUGAGCAAUUGCCUUUGUGCCGACAGCAUGCAGUUUAUUUUGGUUUCUCUUAGAAUUAAUUGGUGUUGCAUUGGUUUAUUUAUUUGAUUUAUGAUCUUGUGGUGGCCUAAUAUAUUGAUCCGUGGGGUCUGUGAAAUCGAGUCACCAUUUAAGUUUCUUCAUUUAACUCUAAUUUACUGUACAAUGUCAUGGACAUGUUCAAUGUAGAUCUGAAGUUUAGUCAGAUCUAUUUUUAUCAGCAUUAUGCUGCAUGUAUUUGAUCAAUGGGAAAUGUGUGACUUUGAGCUGGUAUAAACUACCAAGUGGAAUUCGAUAUU